AUGGACACCCUCCUCUACCCCACCCUCCUUCACGACCUCCAUCCCCACCUCGACAUGAGCCAGUGGCCAACCCUCGACCCUCACCUCUACCCCUUCUACCCAUCCACCCCCCUCCCUCCCCCACAAACCACCCACGACCCCAUCCUCGCCCGGCGCCUCCGCCUCAAAGAAUCCGGAAUAACCUUCGAAUACUACAAGAAACUCUUCUACACACCCCUGGACAACCUCAUCCUCAUAACCAUCGGGUUCUCACUCGAAACUCUCCUCACCAACAUGCCCGAAUGCGAUACUCUCGCCCACACCCCAAUCAACAGACACCAUCCGCACUGCAUCUUCGCCAUAUUGCGAUCCGCGAAGCAGCAUCUAGUACACGCUCUCCGGACGGGGAGUUUCGCUAAUAAGGCGAUUAAUCGGACCAAGUAUCAUGUGCUGUGCAAGGUUGCGGCGAGGGGGGAUACCGCGCAGGAGAUUUUUGGGAAUUUGUUGGAGGAUCUGGAUGCGGUGUUUCUGGAGUUGGAGGGCGGGGUUAGGAAGGUGCGGUUUUUCCCUUAUAGGAGGGAUGGCGAUGGGGGGAGGUUGGAGAUCUUCUUUUAUGAGCCCGGGGAGCCGAUUGUUGGGUGGAGGUCGAGGGGGUUGAGGGUUUGGGAGGAGGGGGGUAGUGGUUCUGGCUGUGGGUAG